AUGGCGCCAACAUCUCAAACUACCACGGCCUCUGCUACGGCUACUAUCCCGCUUCUCUAUCGCAUCAUCUUGCUCUAUAUCGAACCCCUCUUCGCAAUCAACGGCGCUCUGAUGGUCUUCUUUCAGCCGGCCAAAUACGCGGCCAUGAUGACGCGCGCAUCUGUGCCCUACGAUGCCCCCUCGCAAUAUCUCUACACGCAGAUCGGGGGUGCAUGGCUGUACUUUGCCUUUAACCAAGCCGUCAUCCUUCGGCUGUACAAUGAUGUUCGUCUAUGGCAGCUGCUCUGUGUCGGCAUGCUCCUCAGUGAUGCUGGGUAUAGCUGGUCUGUGAUACAAGGGCUAGGCGGAUGGAGUCAAUGGAUCAAAAUUGGAGAAUGGGAAGCCUCAGACUGGACCUUGAUGUUGGCAACUCUGCCGUUGGCAGUAGUAAGGGUUUUGGUUCUGCUUCAGAGUGCGGCGGCAACGAGGAAGGGUGAAGUGAAGGUCGAUGAGAAGAGGAAGUGA